GUUUUUUCUCACACACACACACACAUAUUUGCUACUCUCUUUAGAAGAACUCUGAUCUUGGGUUUUGCUUCUCUUGUCAAAAUCUCAUCAAGGAAUUUUUAGUUAAUUAAGAUGGUGAGAGGAAAGACCCAGAUGAGAAGGAUUGAGAAUGCAACAAGUAGACAAGUGACUUUCUCCAAAAGGAGAAAUGGUUUAUUGAAGAAAGCUUUUGAGCUUUCUGUGCUUUGUGAUGCUGAAGUUGCUUUGAUUAUCUUCUCUCCAAGAGGCAAACUAUGUGAAUUUGCAAGCUCAAGCAUGGAGGAUACUAUCGAACGGUAUAGGAAUCAUGUUAAAGAAGUUCAAACCGACAAUUCUUCAAGUGUAGAUGAAGAUGCUCAGUGGCAGCAGUUGAGGAAUGAAACAGAAAGUAUGGCCAAGAAGAUAGAGGCAUUAGAACUCGCAAAAAGGAAACUUUUGGGAGAAGGUAUGGGUUUAAGUAGCAUUGAGGAAUUGCAAGAGAUUGAACAACAACUGGAGAGGAGUGUUGGUAUCAUUCGUGCUCGAAAGAUGCAAGUUUACAGUGAACAGAUUGAGGAGCUACAAGCAAAGGAGAAAAUGCUAGCUUCUCAAAAUGCAUUGCUAAAUGUCAAGCGUCUAGUCCGAACCAAAAAAACUCCAGAAGAACAACCAACAAAUUUUCAGAAUGCGGAAUAUGGAGAAACCUCUGACGUGGAAACAGAACUAUUCAUCGGAAUGCCUGAAAAGCGGACGAGGAAAGAUAGACCAAAAUGAGCCAUAUAUACGAUUUUUAUAUAUAAACGUACACGCAUUUAUAUAUCUAUUGAGAUCUAAUAAUGCUGUUGAUCUUACUUGUGUUUGGUUUUAUGUACUUGUUAUCUGCGGCAUAGAGUUCAUGCACAACUGAAACUUAACGAUCCUCUAAUUUUGGUUGUUGUACAUAUGAACAAUAUAUACGAUGAUGGCAUGCAUGUGUCAUAGCCGGAUCGAUCUCGUCAUUGUUGUCUUGGUACGUGGUUGUAUCUUUGGUUGAUUUCAAGAAAUGUUUUGAGUGUCAUUAAUUUGA